UUCUUCUUCUUUCCCGACUAUGGAGGCGCGAUUCACUCUUCCACAUGCAUGGGACUAAACGCGGGGACUUUACCGAUGAAGUUACAUCUUCCGAUGCAGAACCGAGCCGCAGCUCCGCCAGGUGAACAACUGCCCUCCUAAAGGAGGAAUGCCAGCUCCUGAGCUGACGGAGGAGGGGCUUCUGCUGACCAUCUGCAACAGUUCAACCGGCCGCAACAUGGAGGCCGACAGCACCGCCAACCACAUCCUGGCCUCGGUCAAAGAACAGGAGCUCCAGUUUGAACGGCUAACCAGGGAACUGGAAGUGGAAAGGCAGAUUGUGGCCAAUCAGCUCGAAAGAUGCAGAGUUGGGGCCGAGUCGCCAGACGCCCAAAGCAGCAGCUCGUCUGAGAAGUCCCUGCCUUGGAGAACUGCAGAGCCAAAACGCUUAUUGCUUCAGACUCCGGGGCUUUCCUCUUGGUCUGACUCCGUGCUCCGCCGUGUCUUCCCAGAUGCCUCAACCGCAGGGGACACCAAGUCUCGGUUGAUUGACAGCUCCCGGUCGCCCAGCUACCGCAUCAGGACCGAGUCGGAGCAGGUGGCCCUGUACUCACCGGAGCACUCCUCCCUCCAUGAAAGUGAGGGGUCCGGGGGAAAUUCGCGAAGCUCAACUCAGAUGAACUCGUACUCGGACAGCGGCUACCAGGAUGCCGGCAGCGGCUACGUCAGCAGCCAGAACCUGGGCAAGGCGGAGCUCAGGAUGCAGCACUCCUUCCCUGGCACCGGCACCGGCACCCUGGGGAGGAAUACCAGGGCCGAGGGCCAGGCUUCAGCCCAGGGUCCGGCGGUAACGACAGCCACGUCGGGCCGCACCAUGCGGAGGGUGAGCUCAGUGCCUUCUCGCUCCCACUCGCCGGCCUACGCCAGCAGCCUGUCCCCCUCCCGCGGCUCCCUGCGCACCUCUGUCGGCAGUGCCUACGGCUCCCCCGUGGUGACCGAACCGAAGCCCCUCUCCAGCAUCUUCUCCACGACGCUGCCCUCCGCCCAGCGCACCGGCAACAACAACAACGGCGGCGGCGGCAGCUCGCCCUACUCCACGCAGAAGAACUCCCCCGCCGCCCUGCGCCGCGUGGGCUCCGCGCACUCUCGGUCGGGAGGCGCCGGCCGGACGACCUCGCCUUACCAGGCCUCGGCGGGGUCGUCGCCGUCGGGCCGCGUGGGCUCGCCUCUGACGAUGGCGGAGGGAGUGAACCCGCCGCUGACGAAGCAGCCGAGCCACUCGUCGUCGUCCCCGGUGAGGUCCACGAUGACCGCCGUGCCGCAGCACCUCAGCUCCACGCUGCCCCGCUCCAUGCUCCACGCCGACCCCUAUGGACCCCAGAGCUAUGACAUUUACGAGAGGAUGACGCGGCCCGACAGCCUCACAGAUGACCUGCUUGAUGAUGACGUCCAAGGAAUACGGAGCUCAUACGCCAGUCAACACAGCCAGCUUGGCGCGGACAUGAGGUCGGCCAUGUCCCCGGACCGCCACAUUGCUCCAAUCUACGAGGAUCGGGCGUUCCAGGGCCCAUUGUACCGCAGCCCCAGCCACCCCCAGCAGGGCACCCUGUACAGAAGCACCUCAGGUGUGGGGAGUCUGCAGCGAACGCCCAGCCAGCGCAGUGCUAUGAUCUACCAAAGAAACAACUACGCUCUUAACGCAGCAGCCAACUACGCCGACCUGUACCGCUCGGCACAGUACCGGCACGCUGACCCCAACUACGCCCGCCAGGGUCCCGCCGUGGAUGACGGUGCCAACCGCUCGCCCUCCAUAGACAGCAUUCAGAAGGAUCCCAGGGAGUUUGCUUGGCGUGACCCAGAGCUGACGGAGGUGAUUCACAUGCUGCAGCACCACUUCCCCUCCGUGCAGGCCAACGCAGCCGCCUACCUGCAGCAUCUGUGCUUUGGAGAAAAUCGGGUGAAGUCUGAGGUGUGUCGGCUGGGAGGAGUGAAACACCUGGUGGACCUGCUGGACCACAAGGUCCUCGAGGUCCAGAAGAACUCUUGUGGCGCCCUGAGGAACCUGGUCUAUGGGAAAGCCAUGGACGAGAACAAGGUCGCUGUGAGGAACGCGGGAGGAAUCCCAGCUCUGCUCCGCCUGCUGAGAAAGACUGUGGACGCAGAAGUGAGGGAGCUUGUCUCAGGUGUGCUGUGGAACCUGUCGUCAUGUGACGCCAUCAAGAUGACAAUCAUCCGGGACGCCUUAACGACCCUCACCAACACUGUGAUCAUCCCUCACUCCGGAUGGAGCAGCUCCACCUUCGACGACGACCACAAGCUGAAGUUCCACUCCUCCCUGGUGCUGAGGAACACCUCGGGCUGUCUGAGGAACCUGAGUUCAGCCGGUGAGGAGGCCAGAAAACAAAUGCGCGUUUGUGACGGCCUGGUCGACUCGCUGCUCUACGUCAUCAAAGCGUGUGUGAACGCCUCCGACUUCGACAGUAAAAUUGUGGAGAACUGCGUUUGCACUCUGAGGAACCUGUCGUAUCGUCUGGAGCUGGAGCUGCCACCGUCCCGACAGAUAGGGGGGCAAGAGCUGGACGGCUUGCUGGCCAGCGAGUCGCCCAGCAAAGAGGUGGACUCCGGCUGCUGGGGCAGGAAGAAGAAGAAGAAGAGGAAGAGCUCGCAGGAGGACACGUGGGACGGCGUCGGGCCCAUCCCCGGCUUCUCCAAGUCCCCCAAGGGGGCGGAGAUGUUAUGGCACCCUUCGGUGGUCAAACCCUACCUGACUCUGCUGGCUGAGAGCUCAAAUCCCGCCACUCUGGAGGGCGCCGCUGGGUCCCUCCAGAACCUGUCAGCUGGCAACUGGAAGUUUGCGGCAUACAUCCGUGCGGCAGUGCGCAAGGAGAAGGGACUGCCCAUCCUGGUGGAGCUGCUGCGGAUGGAUAACGACAGGGUGGUGAGCUCGGUGGCCACCGCUCUGAGAAACAUGGCGCUGGAUGUCAGGAACAAGGAGCUCAUAGGAAAGUAUGCGAUGAGGGACCUGGUCAAUCGUCUCUCGGGGGGCAGCACCACGCUGCUGUCCGACGAGACGGUGGCGGCCAUCUGUUGCACCCUGCACGAGGUCACCAGCAAGAACAUGGAGAACGCCAAGGCCUUGGCCGACACGGGGGGCAUCGAGAAGCUGGUCAACAUCACCAAGGGCAGAGGAGACAGGUACUCCAUGAAAGUGGUUAAAGCAGCUGCGCAGGUGCUGAACACACUGUGGCAGUACCGGGAUCUGCGUACCAUCUAUAAGAAAGAUGGAUGGAACCAAAACCAUUUCCUCACUCCGGUAUCCACACUUGAACGGGACAAGUUCAAGUCCCAGCCCACCCUCCCCACCAGCACCAUUCAGAUGUCCCCAGUCAACCACCCUGCUGCCAGUGCCACGUCGUCCCCCGCCAUGCUGGGCAUGAAAGAGCAUAGAGACACUAUCAGAGACUACCACAGAGAACCGUCAACUAUGCAAUUUUAUAAUUACCAAGGGGACAACACUAUCCAUAAAAACCAGUAUACAGGGUCUGGAAAGCCUUCUCCAUAUUACUACUCAUCCCCCACAAGAGAGGAGCCCAGGAGAACACAGCCUGUGUAUUAUUCGGAGGAGGCGAGCAGGAGGAACUACGACACGUACAGAAUGUACCCGCAGCAUCCCCGCGGCUACGACGACCCGUACUUGGAGGAGGUGGUCGGCUACCCGCCCGUCGCCGCCGACUACGGCUCCCAGCCUCACGGGCUGAAAUCCGCCACCAACUACGUGGACUUUUACGCGAGCACACAGAGGCCUUCCUACAGGGCGGGGGAGCAGUACCCCGGCUCCCCUGACUCCUGGGUAUAGGUCUGAGGGGCGUCACCCCCCCUCCCCUCGACCUCCCCCCGCGGCGGAGCCCGGGAAGCCCACAAGGGCCGUAAAAAAAAAACGUUUUCAUGGACUUUUUCCUCAUAAGUGUUUUUCAAAGUGAAUGUGUGGAGGUGGAGUUCAGCUGAGCGAUGGCAGAUGGAGAGACGGAAUGUUUGCCAAAGAAGGAAAUCAAGGAAUGUUCUUUUUAAGUUAUCUGUUAUUAAGCGGAGGAAGGUGGAAUCAUGCUGUCGGGGGACGACACCCUGCACCGCGCGCGGCGAGGAGACGCGCGUCCUGUCUAGACGUUAAGUUUUAUCGUCUUUGUGAACGUCGUAGCUGUGAUAGCAUGCUGAGAGGUGUGAGUGACGUGAGCGAGGGUCCGCGGUAAGAGUGAAGGUCGGGGAAUGUGUAUGUGCUGAGGCCAAAAUGGAUCAUGAAAUCAUAUCUGUUUAAAAAAAAACACACACAGGAUAUAAACAAACUAAAAUAGAACACUAAUGAUGUUAGAUUGUACAGAGGGAUAAAAUUGUAUCUGUACUUAAUGUUGAAGCUGUGUAAUGCCAUGAAGUCUUGUACAUUUCUUUCAUUUUAUUGUAAAUACAGAAAAAAACGACAUGUUACCUGGUUUACACUCAUUAGCACUGGUUAAAAAAAUAAACUUGUGCCAUGUUAAAUCUAUGGAUAUAUAAACAUAUGAACAAAUAUGUGGACAUGACACAAUCGUGCUAAAAAUAAUAAAAGGUCAUUUUUGUUUUUUAAA